GUUUUCAGGGCGACUGCUGAAUGAUGUGCGUUGCACGUAUUCACACUUGCCUCCUGCAACCAAGAUCCCGCAUAGGUUUCGGGUCCAGAAACCUUCGCAAUGACUGCACGGAAGUUCAAGGCCGAUGUUUUAGUGGCAGCCACCGAGGCCGAAGCGGGGCGCAUUAAGAAUGUGUCUUCGGUGAGGAGGGGUGAUGAUGACGAGGUUAUAGUUACCUAUUUCAACCGAGACCUCCUCAAGAGCCUUCAGGUCCGUCUUUUGGCCGCCAAUAUCGACGGAUAUCCUGGCCCAUGUAACUUCCUUCUCUUCACCGAUGAUGAGGAGGCGCCGAGGCAGGUGGCCAAGGUUCUCGAGCAAGUGCAAACGCACUUUGCUACUGGCAGUAACCUCACCAUUCUUCGCGCCGUCACUUACCUGUCCAAGAGUUUGGACAAAUGUUUGGGACAGUCCUCUAGUCUUGGCAGCCCCGAUGCCUCUGACGCAGAAAUGACGGAUAUUGAUAAUAUAAAUGACAACGAUGAGGGCGAUGACAGCGGCGACGAAGACGACGAGGACGAUGACGCUUACGAUAGCUUCGGCGCGAUUGCAACCGACGAUGAAGCUGAUGAUGAGGGCUUCUUUGCUCAGAUGAGCGGUGGUGUUGCCGCCGCACCUACCAAUACCAGGACUACCCAGCUUUCUCAAUCCCAGCUCCAGGAACGGGAGCGGAUCAGAGGAAGCCUCCGCAAGGCCAAGCGAUCUGGCUGCAAAAUUGGAGUUCUAGCUGGGCUGCUCCCCGAUCAUAAUUCGCACAUUUUCUCAAUGUCUGUCAGGAUCUGCAAGCUUGGCUUGUCUGAGGAGAACCUGUUGGCUUGGGGCCUCUCCGGCUCAGACUACUUGGUUCUGCUAGUUUCGAUCAGCGGCACGACUUUCCCAACCAUGGAGAGCAUUAUGGAUCGACCGGCUGUACAUAGCGGUAUGAAGUUCCGUAUUCGUAAAUGCGCAAACUUCAAGCCGACAGUGGGACAGGCUAUCAAAGCAUUCAACGAGGCCAUAAUACGAGACGACGAGCUUGAAGGGCCUGCUCCGGACUCAGCAGCAGAUCCUCCGCUGGAGCGUAUAUUUCUAUCGAGGUCUUUCGACGACUUCAUGAGCGAAUGCUUUGUAUCACUUGUGAAGCUGCGAGAGAACUUUGGCUGCUCAUGGGACGACGCGAACGAGAGCCUGGUUGACGGCAUCAGCAACGCAUCUGAUCUUGAUAGGCAGUUUUCAUCCGACAAAGCAACCGAAAUGCAUGAUCAUCUAGCCUCAGGGGUGGGCACAGAAAGAAGUGUUCCUUUGAUUUGUUGGGAAUUCGCAAUGAAGUACUUCAGGGAAUGUACGAAAUACUGCCUUCGCUGCCAUCGACUUGUCAGAAACGACGUGGGCUCUCUCAAGCCCUUCGUUUGCUCCAACCAACUCUGCCUAUUCCAGUAUAUGCAGAUGGGACUGGGACCCAGCAUUGAGCACGAGAUUCUCACCCAGCCCAAGGUGGUUGAUCUUCUGUGCAGCUUCUGUUACAGCAGCACCGUAUGCGCCCGCAACAUGACGAUGACAGGCGCUGGCUUGAGCGGCAAUAGCAAAUACUCGAUUAGAGAAUUUCCUGUUGGUCUUUCACUUAAAGUCCCAGACUUCUUCAACAGAAGACAGCCAUCUGCACCGUUACCCAGCUGCAUUGCAGUUCGGGUCACAGAUCUUGGCCAAAGUCUAUUGCUACGAACGUAUGACCACAACGACUGGCUUGAAUCUUUGAGGCCAGGGGUUUGCUAUGCGCUUGUGAGUCGCUUUACACUACUCAACCACGGUUUCGCUUUCGAGGACAGUACAGUCUCGUCAAAGCUGGCAACGCUCUACAGUCGACCGACGUUGGGAACCAAGGGUUAUAUUGAUUAUUCAGGACAGCAAUACGUGGGUGGGAUUAGCGCAUCUACGGAAUCGAUCACCUAUGGCAAUGUCAUCAACAUUGACCGAAUGGCGGGCACUGUGAGCAUCUCUGUUGCAGGACGUCGGUAUGGAGGAGCAGUUGAUAUCGGGCCGGCCCCAGAGAUCAACCCGGGACACGACCCUGCUCAGCUGUUCCUUUCCACUUUCGAUACAAGUUUCGACAGUUUGCUCGACGACGGAAAAGCCAUAGCAAUCAGGUUCAUCCUGGACAUGCUACCACCAAUCGAGCAGAUCAGGUCUUUCCUCAAGAAAACCCCAAACUCGUCAGUAAAGGGUAUGAGCCAGGUCAUAGCCCCUACGGCAACGCUCUUGGAAUGGAUAGUUGCAACGAAUCGAUCGCUCAUUAUGUGCCUCGAGGACGACGAUGACGUUGGCCCGACGUUGGAUGCGACAACUGUACAGCCAUUAGCCUCGCUAAAAAUACCAGAGAUGUCGGAUUACAUACAGUUCCGCUUUGCUCAGGGGUCUCCUGAUAAGGAGGAGCGCUUCAGGACAGAACUCAACCAAAUGGGAGUGGUGGGCUCCAAAUAUCCGACCAUCUUUGCGUGGCAUGGAAGCGGGCAAUUCAACUGGCACAGCAUCAUCAGAACGGGUCUUGAUUUCAACACCGUGGCGAAUGGAAGGGCCUUUGGUAAUGGGAUUUACUUUUCGCAAGACUUUGCCACCAGCAUGGGAUACGCGUACCCAGGAACAAACUUUAUCUGGCCAUCCUCUGCGUUCCAGUCCAAUAUUACCAUCGUUCUGAGCGAGCUGAUCAACAUACCUAAUCGGUUUGUCAGUCGCUCCCCUCAUUUGGUCGUACAGAAUAUCGAUUGGCAGCAAUGCCGCUAUCUGUUCAUCAAAAAGCAAAUGCCCUCGGAGCAGGACCCUCCCCUGAGUGCUGUUGCUCCACCUGCCUCACUUCGAAAGCCUUCUCCGAUAAUGUUCAUCGAUCAGGAUCCGUAUAUGAUCCCGCAAGGAGUCGGCGGCAGGCCGCUAAGAAUCCCUCGGGCGGCUAUACCAUCAUCCGGUAGCCAGAUGUUGCCGACGGAUGAUGGUUACAAGAGUGAGGAUGAUGAUCUUGACGUCUUGACGGAAUUGGUCGAAAUAUCCAAUGGCGAAGAGGGCGUGUACAGUGAUGAAGAUGGUAGUGAUACAGACGUCGAGAUACUCGAGGUCCGGACCAUCAAGCCCGCUCACCUCACCGACUUCCAACCAGGCACACUGGAUCUCGCCAGUCUUCCCCGCCUUGCUCCUCCGCAAAGGUCUGGCGGUGCUGGUAGACACCUGGCAAGGGAGAUCAGUGCGCUCCGGAAGAUCCAGGAAGCUAGCCCUUCGCACGAACUGGGAUGGUACAUCGACUUUGAUGGUAUGUCAAAUAUGUUCCAGAUGAUCGUGGAGCUGCACAGCUUCGACAAGACAAAAGCUCUAGGGAGAAGCAUGGUGGAAACGAACGUCAUGUCCAUCGUGAUCGAACUUCGUUUUGGUGAGAACUUCCCCAUCUCUCCGCCCUUUGUGCGUGUGAUCCGCCCUCGCUUCUUGCCUUUCCAUGCGGGCGGAGGUGGACAUGUUACGAUUGGCGGCGCUAUGUGCAUGGAGCUCCUCACAUCAACUGGCUGGAGCCCGGCAUGUAGCAUAGAGCAUGUUCUAAUCAUGGUACGGCUUGCGCUGGUCUCGGAAGACCCGAAACCGGCUCAGAUAGAAGGUGUUGGCGGUGGCGAUUAUGAUAUUGGUAGCGCUAUAGCGGCCUACCGCCGGGCAGCGACCGUGCAUGGUUGGCAAAUACCACAAGACCUGAACCAAACCGCCAUGGGAGCCGGCUCUGGCUCUACAUGA